CCCCGCCCCCGCCCCCGCACGGCAAUGGCAGGCGCCGCCUCCCCCUCAUCCUGCCCUAGGUAGCAAGCACGGGAGUGCGCCGCCGCCAGAUCCCCGAGACGCCGCGCAUUAGCCCCUAUUGUUCUCAACAGAUGGAUCGGUCAUAGUAGUAUGUUGGCUCUCCUUGCUUGACCGCGCCUGUGGUUGACUUGGAAAAUGUGAAGACAAAGCAUCCUCAGUUGCUCCAUGAAUCGAAGAUUUAUAGGAUUCUGCAAGGAGGAACUGGAAUACCGAACCUCAUAUGGUUUGGUGUAGAAGGAGACUACAAUGUCUUGGUUAUGGAUUCACUUGGACCAAGCCUUGAGGAUCUAUUCAAUUUCUGCAGCAGGAAAUUGUCCCUGAAGACUGUACUUAUGCUCGCUGAUCAGAUGAUAAAUCGAGUGGAAUUUGUUCAUUCCAAGUCUUUUCUGCAUCGCGAUAUUAAGCCUGAUAAUUUCCUCAUGGGUCUUGGCAGACGAGCUAAUCAGGUCUACGUUAUAGACUUUGGCCUUGCUAAAAAAUACAGGGAUACCUCGACACAUACAGGCAUAGAGGAGAACAAGAACUUGACAGGAACUGCAAGAUAUGCUAGUGUCAACACCCAUCUUGGCAUUGAACAAAGCCGAAGAGAUGACUUGGAAUCUCUUGGAUAUGUGCUUAUGUACUUCCUGAGGGUCAGCCUUCCUUGGCAAGGUCUUAAAGCAGGAACAAAGAAGCAAAAGUAUGAGAAAAUUAGUGAGAAGAAAGUUGCAACAUCAAUUGAGGCUCUAUGCCGUGGGUAUCCAACUGAGUUUGCAUCAUAUUUCCAUUAUUGCCGCUCACUGCGGUUUGAUGACAAGCCUGACUAUUCAUACCUCAAGCGAUUAUUCCGUGACCUUUUCAUUCGCGAAGGUUUUCAGUUUGAGUAUGUAUUUGACUGGACAAUACUGAAGUACCAACAAUCUCAAAUAGCCACUGCUCCACCCCGUGUGGGCCAUGGCGCGGGGCCUUCUGGGUUGGCACCUGCAUUACAGAAUGACAGGCGAUCAGGCCCUGAGGAAGCAAGGACUAGUGGUUGGUCAUCAAUGGACCGGCGUCGUGCCCCACUACCAAUUACAAGCGUGGGGACAUUAUCUAAGCAGAAAGCACCAGUAGGGAAUGAUGCUACUCUUUCUAGAGAUUCUGUGGGCCACUCAGAUUUCAAAAAGUUCAGGGCUGGUUUGCCUGAAUACUUGGACGAAAUGGACACGAUGUUUACUGGGAACACCGUCGACGGGUCGUCGGCCUUUGUUCCUAGGAACAGUCCCUCUGUUGACCUGGAAAUUGAAAGCUGUGAUGAGGAGCCUGCAGAUGACCCAGAGUACCAGGUGACACCACCAAGCACUGGGACCAAGAGAGCCAGCAGCACGGGCACCACAACCUCUAGCCCCAGCAAGAAGAUUAAGAGCGUAGCAGUGAGGACCAUGGACACCUACAUGCAGGUGCACAACGACAUAAUGAACUAUGAGGUUUGCUUGAUGCAGUCCAUGGUCGACAUCGAGAAGGAGAAGGAAAACAUCGUACAAACGGUCACGACGGUAGCAAUGGAGAUGGGUGUCAGUGCGAAGACCCCAACGUUGUUUGAGGGGCUGCACAAAAUCAUCCAAAACAAAAAUGAAAUGAAGUUCUUCCUUGCACUAGGGCCUGAGGAAAGGAUGCUACUACUCCAGAUGGCAGCUGAGGCAGAUCUUAUUUCAGCAGCUAGCAAGCAAUGCGAAGACUCUGACGAUGACACCAUCGACAUGAUGUUCAACGACUUGAUGUAUGAUGAUGAUGAUGAGGCAUACAUACAAGGUAUGUACCAGUAUGCCCUGCACAUAGACAAGCAUUUGACUAGGAGUGAGUACAGGCAACCUGCUUUGACUGGAUUGGAAUGGGUUCACACCAAGCUUGGUGAUAGGAAGCAAUGCUAUAACACAUUCAGAAUGAACCCAAGUAUGUUCCAUAAACUGCAUGAUGUGUUGGUACAAUCCUAUGGCCUCAAGUGUAGUAGUAAGUCGAGCUCGAUUGAGGCACUUGGGAUGUUUCUUUGGAUGGUUGGGGCACCUCAAUCUGUUAGGCAAGCCGAGGACAGAUUUGAGAGGUCAAUGGCAACUGUGUCGGCCAUGUUCAACAAAGUGUUGAAGUCUCUUGUGAAGCUAGCAAUAGACAUUAUUAAGCCUGUGGACCCACAAUUCACAACAAUGCAUCCUAGACUACAACAACGUAGGUUCUAUCCGUACUUCAAGGACUGCAUAGGUGCUAUAGAUGGCACACAUGUUCCUUGCGUGGUGCCAGCAGAAAAGUUUGUGCAGCACUUGUGCCGAAAGGGCAUGACCACACAAAAUGUCAUGGCUGCCUGUGACUUCGACAUGAGGUUCACAUUUGUUAUUGCUGGAUGGCCUGGGUCUGCACAUGACAUGAGAGUAUUCAUGGAUGCAAUAUCAACCUACGGCCAAGUGUUCCCACAUCCUCCUACAGGGAGGUAUUACCUGGUGGACUCUGGGUAUGCUAACCGGAUGGGUUACCUAGCUCCAUACAAGGGGACAAAGUAUCAUCUCCAGGAGUAUCCAGAGGGGCCUGAGCCACAAGGUAAAGAGGAGACCUUUAAUUAUGCACAUUCAAGUCUUAGAAAUGUCAUAGCAAGGGCUUUCGGAGUACUGAAAAUGAAGUGGCGGAUGUUACGAGAAAUACCUUCGUAUGCACCUGAUAAACAAAGCCAAAUCAUAGUAGCUUGUUGUGCUCUACAUAAUUUUAUUAGGACAAAUGGCAUACAGGAUAGUCAUUUUGCUAGGUGUGACCGUGAUGAAAACUAUGUGCCCCAAGAAGCAUAUGAGGAUCAACCUGAACCCGAGGUAGUGGAUGAUGACUUGCAGCUCAUGAAUGCAUUUCGUGAAUCAGUUGCGUCUGCUUUGGUAAACCGUGCUUGACAGUUUGAGAUGACAGCUUUUAGGAUGGCAGGUUUUUGGCCAAAAAUCUGAGAUGAGAGCUUUUUGGGGAAAACCCAAAAUUUUUCGGAAACUAAACAAAGCGUUCUGGACUGAUCCCUUCCUUUUGUAAAACAGUUCCCUUGUAAACUCUAAACGAUUGAUCUUUUGGACAAAUUUCUUUCAUUCACUGUUGGCAC